AUGCGAUUCGCAAUUUUCUUAUCGGGGUCUGUUCUUCAAAGCCGGCUAUGCUACGCCGCGAAGGUGGCGGAUGAGUAUAGCCACUUAUUCGGCACACCAAGCCAGUCAGAGACAUUUGACUAUUUAAUCGUCGGCGGUGGCAACUCCGGACUAGUGGCAGCCAUGCGCCUGUCCGUCGAGGGCAACUACUCGGUUGCCGUCGUGGAAGCUGGUGGCUUCUACCAGGACGACGCAGGCAAUACCACGGAGUUCCCGGCCUACAACUCCCAAUACAUGGACGAGCCAGGCACUAUCGACUGGAAGCUCACGACCAAGCCCCAAGCACAACUAGGCGGCCGGUCUGUCGCUUACGCCCAAGGAAAGACACUUGGUGGCAGCACGGCUCGGAACGCCAUGGUCUACCAGCGGGGCACUGCAAGCUUCUACGACCUCUGGGCGACGGCCGUCGGUGAUACGAGCUACGAUUGGAACAAUAUUCUUCCCUUCCUCAAAAAGAGCGUUUCCUUCACCCCAGCUGAUGGAGAACUCCGCGGCGGGCCAGCCGGCACCUCGGACAUGACUGCCUUCGAUCCCGAGGCGGGGCCUCUGAAUGUGGGUUACUGGAAUUAUUUCGUGCCCGUGUCCGCUGCCUUUGCGAAGGGCAUGGAGACUUUGGGGCUGGUGGAAACUCCAACCGGAAUGAACAGCGGGGAGGUCCUCGGCUACGCGCAGUUCCCGGCCGCCAUCGAUAGCGAAACACAGCUGCGGGAUUCCUCUCAGACGUCUUUUCUCAAGGCGGCGGCGAAUUGCGCUGGGGAGAGAUUGAGAAUAUACCCUAAUACGCUGGCGAAACGGAUUGUAUUCAAUGCCAAAAAGGCCGCGUCUGGUGUGGUCGUCAGCUCUGGUGGACCUGAAUACGUUAUCAACGUCAAGAGGGAGGUUGUGUUGGCUGCCGGGGCCUUUCGCACGCCGCAACUGCUUAUGGCAUCUGGCGUCGGACCACCCGGCGUUCUCGAGGAGAACAAUGUGACUACAGUUAGUGCGUUAUCAGGUGUUGGACAAGGUAUACACCACAGGUUGUGGAACAACCCGGAAUACAAGGCCUUGGCGGAGGAAGAGUACAGACAAUCUGUCUCUGGUCCUUUGACGGCUUUUGCGGUCAAUUAUAUCUUGUUUGAUCGGUUGCCCAAAGACGCAAACAUUAGUGCGGGCCUACGUGAAAACCUUGAGCAAUACCCCGAGGAUUGGCCACAUGUUGAGUAUAUCUGGAACGCGGCUGGGCAAGCUACAAACACAUCUGGUGACUACCUUGCGCUUGGCACUGUACUUCUCACCCAUGCGUCGCUCGGUUCCGUCACUAUUAACUCUUCGGACACGGCCAACCCGCCUGUUGUUGAUGUCAGAUGGCUUUCAAACGACACCGACCGAGAGCUAGCUAUUGAGGGCGUGAAGCGUGCCCGUGCUUUGGCGGCUUCCACAGGCGUGAUAAAAACCGAAAUAGCCCCUGGCCCCGAUGUACAGAGCGACGAGCAGAUCUGGGAAUGGAUCAAGGCGAAUACUGUGACGGCUCACCACGCCACUGGAAGCUGUAAAAUGGGCCGAAAGGAUGAUGCUUCGGCCGUCGUCGAUGCCAAGGGCUGUGUAUUGGGUGGCGCCUCGUCCUUGCGCAUCAUUGACGCUAGUAUCAUCCCAAUUGCGUUUCCAGGCCAACCAAUGGCGACGAUUUAUAUAAAUGGCUGA